AUGAAGACAGCUCGGGUCUCACCUGCACCAGUUAAUCCAGACACCGGGAGUAAGGCGACUGUCAAAGACGCAGCGAGUUCGGGACGUCUCACAGGCCCAAGUCGCCAACAACCCAAAGCCCCUCCAUCCCAGCCUUCAGAGUCGAAGAUUGUUCGACUGAAGCUCACAAAACCAAGACCGCCCAGACCCAAUCCUCAAGAAGUGGACUGGGAUGAAGAUCUUCGCCCUACACCCAAUGAGAUAGUUGAGAAGAAAGGAACCCGUGGAGGAACCUCCGUAGUCGAUACAGACCCGAACCGACCGAAGACAGUUGCCAAAAACACAGGAAGCAAGCGAACAAUACCAUCAAAGCCACAAACAACCUCGGCCAAACGCAGGAAGUCAAACACGAAGAAGAGUACUACUACCAAAGAGGGUAGCACCAGAGGGCCACAAUUGCCAUUGUUAACGCUUACUGCAGGCACUUUGCCUCCUGCAGCCCCUCUGGGUAAUAGUGGGCCUCCUGACACGGGCCCUUUGGACGGGCAAAGCAAAGACCAUGCCGCGAAGCGCAAUACGAAUGCGCCCGAAGCUCCGCACCGACCUUCGCCACUGACAGAGGGCCACAACAAGCGUGGAAAUACCGGCACGGGGGGUGUCAUAGUCGAGAUAAGAAGUUGCACAUCGGUGACGACCAGUUCAUCCUCAGAUUUCGAAGAUUAUGGCCAACGACCGUCCCGUACUUCUAAAGUCAGCAUCCUAGAGCAUCGGGCACAGUCCAAUGGACAAACAAGUAAAGACAAAGCUGUUCAUAUGAUGCCCGGUGUAUCCUCAAGUUCUGACGCCGAUCUCAAAGGACCGUCUCACACAACUACUUCAAAGGUCACCAUCCUGGAGUCAAGAGCACUUUCGAAGAAACAAAACAGCCAGAUGAAGACAGCUCAUGAGAAGAGUCAUCGCAAAUAUCGUGGUAGAGCAGAGAGUGUUGGCAACAAGCUGAUGCUUGCACUCCACGGAACAGAACCUUCUCAAAAUGAACCAGUCAAUAAACAAGCUGCACCACUCGUCAUAUCAUCUGAUCCAGUACAAUCUGAGGAAUCUCCCCAAAAGCAGCAGUCCGAGAAAAUGCCGACCGACACAGUGUUGGAGCCUCCGAAGAUCGAAAGCGUACUGGACGGAACAAUUCCAGUUGAGAUGCACCAAAACCAAAAUGAGCCUGAGACUGUUAAUCCAGCAUUGAUUGCCAAGACACUUCCGCCCAAGGAGGAGGAGAUAGAACAGGCAGAUGACACAGGCUUCUGGAGGCUUCUGGGUGAUGACAGGAUGUCUACAGCGAGCUCCACAGACUUUGAAACCGGCAGAGGCUUGCUAGGUGAUGGCCCUUCAAUCCUUGAUUACCAUAUGGGAAUGGAACAUAUCCCCGGAUUUGCAACCUUGCAACCCAUAAGAUCCGCACCAACCACCUCUUCACACGGCACUAACAUCUGCGAAAGCCAGGCGGAUAGCUCGUUGGAGACUUCAAAUGUGGGCAAGUUCGAUGAGUUCACAGCAGGACGGAUUGAGGGACGUGGGAGCCAUACUCCGGAGUCUCAAAAGCCUCUUCUCACCAAUGAAUCCCUAAUGGAACUGAAUUCCGCUUCUCCCCAGCUCCCAAAAUCAGUCCCAAAGACUAGUAUUGUCGACAGCAACGGUAGUCCUCGACUCAUACCCCAGUCAGCCAAGAGUAUGGUUGCGCCUCAGUUUGACCUGGAUGACGAAAAGGGUCACGAAGAGACAACCAGUGACUCUGACGCCAGUCCAAGUGAAUACUAUCGAAAAUCGUCCAGUAUCUCCACCGAGAGCAAAUACGAGAGACUCAUGUGGACCAAGUUCCAGAGAGACAUGUUCCUGGAAUAUGGAAUCCAAACGGAAAAACUGGCGAGAUCUCACCCAUGGCCGCCGCCUAAAAAGCACCGCCCAUCAUUUUCUCAGGAAGAUACUGCUGAGGUGGCCAAGUCGGAGAAAGCACCGACGAUUGAAGCGAGUUCUUCACAGAGAACAAUCGACGAGAGAGCAUUAGGUGGUGCUCCUUCAAAGAAUCACGAGUACCUUGACCAAUCAUUCUGCACAGAUAUAUCGGCGUCAACGCAACCCGCUGCUAAAUCGCACCAAGCCUCUACGAUGGGCGAUCAUGACGAUAUGGAAUGGAUAUCAACUUUGCAAGUGGCGCAGAAGGACGCACAUCACCUGCUUCAACAAACUAAUUCGCAUUUGUCCACUCAGCUGGCAGCAGAAAAGGCCACUGUCAGUCGAGUCCUGGAGAUCUACCGAGAGGGGUGUAGUCGGAUCCUUGAUGACCUGUUCCAGGCGCAAGAAGAACGAAAUGCAGCUAUACCGGCAGCAAAUGCAAUCCGUCAAGGAACAACAUGCAGAUAUAUGUCAAGACCUGGUUCGUGGACUGCAGGAGCUCGACCGUCGGGUGCAACAAGGGCCAAUCUGAAGGACGCGGAAGGCUAG